AAAAAAGCGGCGGUUGCUCCUCGAGCACCUUUUGACGAAUCAACAGCGUUAAGUCUUUUAUCGCAAUUAUCCAACACUUUUACAAACGAUCCUGGUGUAUUUCUGUGAAGUUGUACGCUCCUUUACUGCACCAGGAUCAUGAAGCGUCAGCAGUAUGCAGAGGAGCAAGGCCUUCUGGGCCCACUGUGUCCUGGGCAGAAGAAGCUGGAGGGGAAGAUCUUUUACCUGGACUGUGUGAAGAAACGCUCAACAGCCCUGCUGCUGGAGGCUGUAGCCCUUCUAGGAGGGAGGGUCGAGAGUUUCCUGCACAAGGAUGUAAGCUUUGUUGUGACUGGAAGCCAAGAGGGCACGAGGGAGCAGAAGAGUACGGAUACCAAAGCAGGGGCAAAGGGGACAAGUGAAGAAGCCCAACAUCCUAAAGCACAGCAGCGGGAGAGCGUCCUCAGCAGUGACAAACCGCGACCAGGAACUCCUAGACCAGUGGCUUGUGGCAGCCGCGGGAAGGCCCUGCUUGAAAAAGCCAUUCGCAACAAUGAACGACUGCAGGGGAGCAGUGUUUUGGCCAAUGCCCAAUCAUGGGGAGUGAAGAUUUUGUAUGUAGAUGAUGUUAUUUUAUAUUUGAAACAGCUGACUCGAGAGAGCUUCAGCACGACACAGAAGAGGCCAGAGAAAACUUGCACCAAACAACAAGCUUCUCAUGUUGUCAAAGCUGUAGCUUUGAGGUCUCCCUAUCUCAAAAUUGAAGACUUGAGCAGGAGAUACAAGCCCUUGCAUAUGCAAUCUAUGACCUUCCCCGAUCUGUGGUACGCGGGCCGAUAUAGCCCUUUUGAAUGUCCUCCACCUCGGUUUGAGAAGCAGGCAGAGCAAGAAGAGAAUAAAACAAGUAGGGAGAAGAAAAAAGUUAAAAGCAGCACUCAGGACAAACUUCAAACCCCGCUCAGCUGCAACCCUUCACCUUGGCGGCCACGCAAAAAGGACCUAUCUUACUGUGAAUGCUGCCAACAACCCUUCACUAAUCUGGAGGAGCACUUGCAGUCUAAUCAGCACCGCAAGUUUGUGCUGGAUCUCACAAACUACAGUGUGGUGGACCAGCUCGUGACUGAAAUGCUUCCGGGAUUUAACCCAGAUCCAGCUGAACAAUCAGAGGAAACACUGAACCGACCAUCAACUCCUUUGCCCAUCUGUGAACUGGAGCCUCUCACUGAUGCAGAGACGGAGCAUGCUGUCCAGGCCCUGCAGAGACAAGGUUCAUCAUUCAAUAUUCACAUUUCCAGCCCUACCAGAGGUCGUCUCGCCUCUGGCCCAGCCAGCCCAUCACAAGGAGUUGAGGUCCCCAUCCCAAAUCCACCAGCCACGCCACCUGCUGACAUCCAGCCUUUGAGUCCUAACAAAGACUGCCAGCUCCCUGACAGCUGUCCUCAUGGUUUAAGUCCAGUCAUGCCUGUUUUGAUUGCUGAAUCACAAACCCAUGACUCGGCAAACCAGCAGCCUGAUACUCAGCAUCUCUCCCCCUGCCCUGACACCCCAUCCCCAGACCCCUACUCCCAUCCCCCAGUCCUCAGCCCACAAGUCCCUUAUCCCUCCUACGUUAUGGAGCCACACUGUCUGUAUUCAGACCCUCCUGUCCUCAGCCCUCAACGGUACACCGCAGACGAGGCUGUGGAAGGACACAGUUGUGACAUGGACACUGCAGAAAGUGUGACAAAUGAAGAAACAGUGAAGGGAUCAAACAGAGGAAGUCUUUCAGGAUUCAAUGAGAUCAUAUUUCUCACCAGUGGUUUGCGGUGUGCUGCGCUGUCACGUAGAUCUCGUUCCCUCCCUCGGCACUCAGCGACAGCACCAAACCCCAGAAAGCGCUGUAGAUCAGCCAGCCCCGAACACAGCCGGAGCAAAAGGAGGAGGAUUACAGCGGAAUUUGGCUACAGUGGUAGCUGGACUGAACAAGAGCAUACGUCUGCCAAACCAGAAAGUGACAUUAUUAAACCUGAGGGCUGUUUAUUAUUUGAUAAGGACCCUUGUCAGAUAAUACAGUCCUGUCCAAACCCAGAGGUCUCCUCAACAUGCACUGUGGACCCACAUGGCUCAAAACAGACUUUUACUUUGUUUUCUGUUCCUACAGUACAGAAUUUCACCCAGGCACCAAAUCAAAUGGACAUUUUAGGUCAUGGUGGUACUUCUGUUGCCUAUCAGCCAUCAUGGCAACUCUCCUCAGAAGCAAAGACAUGUGAUCCUUCAUUUCAGUGUCCCAGUGAUAAACCUCACAGUGCGUUUUCCAGUCUAGACUCUCAGCGUUCACUGUCCCACUGCACCUCAGUUUGCAUCGAGCCAGCCCUUAUCCCAGACUUAGCUGCACUCUCUUCAUCAUCAUCAGACUCUGAUUGGGACUGUGGCCUGCUGUCACGACUUGGACCUACCUCUGCUGCUCCCCUGUCGCCAACUGAGCAGAACUGUGAGCUCGACAAGGAGCUCCUUCACAUGCCAUGCACCUGGAUGCACGACACCAGCUAUGAGUCACGUCUACACACUGUCUUACAGCCGUCAACCCCUGCACCCUCGCUGUGCGGAGAAGAAAUGGACCCUUCGACGUUUUCGAGGACAGUGGUACAGAUUGUUGAGGUUCAGCACUGAUGGUUAUAUUCUUGAUCACUUAAAGAACUGGAAGAACCACUACCUGGAAGCCCUUUUUACACAGAUCUCACAACAGGGCUGCAGUGACCCUUCAUUACACCGCCUUUGCUUUUUUUAAUACAGAACCAAACGACAGGCAUAAUGUUGCCCCAGUGUGUGAUUUUUAGAUAGCAUGCUGCGUUCCAGAAGCAAAAGAAGCGAGACGAGUAACACAACAGUGUCUGCCUCUAGUGUGACAUAACAUACACGUCAGGCAGUGCCAGCCAAUUAAUAACAUGGCAAUGAUAAUCAUUUACUGUCCGUGUUAUAUGGCGGUUGAUCUCGUCCUGUGCUUGAAGGGUAGGGAGCUCCUGGACCUCAGUGCCUUCCCAGUUUGUGGACAGUUUCAGCUGCUGUUCUUCUUUGAACUAGCUGCUAACUGGUUUUUAAAUCUCUCGGCGGUAGGUUGCACAUAUAACACGUCAAAACGUCACACCUGUAUCGUCCUGCUGGCUGUCCCUUUUACGUAGAAGUUGACCUUUUACUGUUAACAUCUCUGCUGCUGGCUUUAAGGCGAGACAACUCUGUUUUCCCAUUCUGCCCUUGUGUUUUUAUACAUAACGGCGAGGCGGAAUAACAUCACAUUCCUGCUUUGAACAAGCAAUGUAAAAGGGGCUUUUGACUUGCAGCUGUGUUUCCAGCAGCAGGGAACGGUGGGCAGCACUUGAGCUCAUCAAAAAAGUAAACGAAGUGUACACUGAAUAAAUAUUUAAAACUUAGUGCAAACUGAAAUGUAAUAUUUAGCUGUUUUUACAGAUGCAGAUUUUUAUUUUUACUUUUUAUUUUAUGUUGCAGUAGAUGUUAUUUAGCGGAUGCUGCAUCUUCCCAUGAAUUUGAAGAGCAUCCAUCAUCAUUUUUUCCUCUCAACCCCUAAUCCUCCUCAUGCAUAGAAGCAAUAUUCUGUGUGUCAUGCUGACUUCACUCUUUCAGCAGCUAUGUCCGGGAACACAUGAUGGUUUUGAGAUUUUAAUGAGGCUUUUCUGAAGGGGGCAUUACUCAAUUACGGUGAGUGGUGCGUCUGGAUCAGAUCCCACUUGCACCAGUGUUGAUGAGGUGUCCGUAGAGUGGAGGACUCGCACAACCUGUGAGACUAAAAUGUGUGUGAUUAAUGUCAAAUGGCCUUUUCUGCCUUUUGAAGGUUGGCCAAAGGACAGGCUUUGUCAGGGAGAGACAACUGCUUCACAGUAGUGUGCUGCAGCUUCAGGGAAGUUUAUUAUCUUCACUUGUCUGUUUUUAAAGUGUAAGGUCACCCGGCAUUCUCGCUUCACCUGCCUUGUCAUUGAUCAGCAUAAUAGACAAAACUAAAAACCCCAUGUUGUUCAAAAGGUGCACCUUCUUCUGAAUAUCUUGCAUGGACAUUUAAAACAGAACGAAACCACACAUGAAUUCAAUACGUGGAAGACUAGAAGUUCUC